AUGUCAACACCAGCCCAACUGGGUCAGAAGAGGCUUUUGAGGACUCAGCUAAGUUCACUCAGCUACUGGUAUAUCUGCAGCAUCACCUACAACUUGUCCACGCCCACUUCUGCAGCGUCACCUACAACCUGGCCCCGCCCACUUCUGCAGCAUCACCUACAACUUGUCCACGCCCACUUCUGCAGCGUCACCUACAACCUGGCCCCGCCCACUUCUGCAGCGUCACCUACAACCUGGCCCCGCCCACAUCUGCAGCGUCACCUACAACCUGGCCCCGCCCACAUCUGCAGCCUCACCUACAACCUGUCCCCGCCCACUUCUGCAGCGUCACCUACAACCUGGCCCCGCCCACAUCUGCAGCUUCACCUACCCGCUGACCCCGCCCACUUCAGCAGGCUCAGCUACAACCUGGCCCCGCCCACUUCUGCAGCCUCACCUACCCCCUGGCCCCGCCCACUUCUGCAGCCUCACCUACAACCUGGCCCCGCCCACUUCUGCAGCGUCACCUACAACCUGGCCCCGCCCACUUCCACUACAGUGUCAAACUUCGCUCUCACCUCUGAAGAAGCACUCUUUGCCGUGGACCACGUAGAUGCGGCGGCGCUCGCGGCACGCCGUGCGGUAAACCUGGCAGUGGUUCUCGUAGAAACUGCCAUCGGAGCCACAGACCGGGACGAACGAGGACCGGCACGAGUCCUGACACACGCACUGAGCCCGACCCGAAUCCAGGACCACGCACUGCCUGCCACGGCCACAGGAGGACAGAGUGGACCUCGCUGCCCCCUACAGGUCACUGCUGGUUCUGGUUUCGUUGUGGACCAGGACAGAGUGGACCUCGCUGCCCCCUACAGGUCACUGCUGGUUCUGGUUUCGUUGUGGACCAGGACAGAGAGGACCUCGCUGCCCCCUACAGGUCACUGCUGGUUCUGGUUUCGUUGUGGACCAGGACAGAGUGGACCUCGCUGCCCCCUACAGGUCACUGCAGGUUCUGGUUUUGUUGUGGACCGGGACCGAGUGGACCUUGCUGCCCCCUACAGGUCACUGCUGGUUCUGGUUUCGUUGUGGACCAGGACAGAGUGGACCUCACUGCCCCCUACAGAUCACUGCUGGUUCUGGUUUCCUUCUGGACCAGGACAGAGUGGACCUCGCUGCCCCUACAGGUCACUGCUGGUUCUGGUUUCGUUGUGGACCAGGACAGAGUGGAUCUUGCUGCCCCCUACAGGUCACUGCUGGUUCUGGUUUUGUUCUGGACCGGGACAGAGUGGACCUCGCUGCCCCCUACAGGUCACUGCUGGUUCUGGUUUCGUUGUGGACCAGGACAGAGUGGACCUCACUGCCCCCUACAGGUCACUGCUGGUUUUGGUUUCGUUCUGGAUCGGGACAGAGUGGACCUCGCUGCCCCCUACAGGUCACUGCUGGCUCUGGUUUCCUUCUGGACCAGGACAGAGUGGACCUCGCUGCCCCCUACAGGUCACUGCUGGUUCUGGUUUCGUUGUGGACCGGGACAGAGUGGACCUCGCUGCCCCCUACAGGUCACUGCUGGCUCUGGUUUCCUUCUGGACCAGGACAGAGUGGACCUCGCUGCCCCCUACAGGUCACUGCCGCCGCAACGUUUGA